UUAUUCCACUGUCAUCGUUCUUCUUCUUGUUCGGCAUUAUUAGCACAAAAGUUUUCCAAAAGUCAUCGAGCUGGUUUUGAUUUCUCGACUGGCCUUUAUAAACAUUAAAUAGAUAAAUAAUAAGAAUAUAAUGCCGUCACUGGAGGUAAGCGUGAAUAAGGUGAUCGUGCACCCAUUGGUGCUACUCUCUGUGGUGGAUCAUUUCAAUCGUAUGGGCAAGAUUGGUAACCAAAGACGAGUUGUCGGUGUUUUAUUGGGCUGUUGGCGUGCCAAAGGCAUACUGGAUGUGUCCAACAGUUUUGCUGUACCAUUCGACGAGGAUGAUAAAGAUAAGUCUGUCUGGUUCUUGGAUCAUGAUUAUCUGGAAAACAUGUAUGGCAUGUUCAAGAAAGUGAAUGCACGCGAACGUGUCGUUGGCUGGUACCAUACCGGUCCUAAGCUACAUCAAAAUGAUAUUGCCAUAAACGAAUUAAUACGUCGCUAUUGUCCCAACUCUGUGCUGGUGAUAAUCGAUGCAAAACCGAAAGAUUUAGGCUUGCCCACUGAAGCAUAUAUUGCAAUUGAAGAGGUCCAUGAUGAUGGCUCACCAACAAGUAAAACAUUCGAACAUGUACCCAGCGAAAUCGGUGCCGAAGAAGCUGAAGAAGUGGGCGUUGAGCAUCUGCUACGCGACAUCAAAGACACCACAGUUGGCAGCCUCUCACAGAAAAUCACCAACCAAUUAAUGGGUCUGAAGGGCUUAAAUGCGCAAUUGCAUGAUAUUAAAAAUUAUUUGCAACGUGUUGGGGAUGGGAAAAUGCCCAUUAACCAUCAAAUUGUGUAUCAGCUGCAAGAUAUCUUCAAUCUGUUACCCGAUAUAACGAGUGAACAAUUCACCGAGACAAUGUAUGUUAAAACAAAUGAUCAAAUGCUUGUCGUUUACUUGGCGUCUAUGGUGCGUUCCAUAAUAGCCUUGCACAAUCUCAUCAAUAAUAAACUAACGAAUCGAGAUGCAGAGGAGGGCAAGAAAGUGGACAAGGAUGCGGAAAAGGAGAAAGAAAAGAACAAGGAUAAGGACAAGGAAAAAGAUGGCAAGGAUGUGAAGGACAAGGAAAAGAAAACCGAUGAUAAGUCUGCUAAAAGCUCAGAAGAUAGUGGUAAGGGCGGCAAGAAAUAGGAACGAAAGAAUAGGAAGAAACCACAUCGUAAGAAGAAGAAAAAUAAGAAAAACCAUUAAAAUGUAAAUUUUGUUUAACUGCAUCCUACAGCGAAAGGAAGUAGAGCAAACAUAGAGCAAAAGCUGAUUUAUAUGUCGAAGUGGCGUGCGACAGGCAAGAGAAGAAAAAGUUUAUGAAAGUAAAAAAUUAAAAAUAAAUAAACAUUUACAUAUGCAUACACUUCUUCAUGUAUAAUUUAAGUUUAGUAAAUGUUACGCAAGUACUUUACAUAUACAAUAUAAUGAAAAUAUAAACAAAAAUUGAAAUUGCGAGUAUGUAUAUCAAAUAAACAAAUAAUGUAUUGUAUGUGUUUACCACAAAUAACAUACGAUUUAACUUACUAUAAUAAUUCAUUUAAAUUCAUUAAUGUAAAAUUUAACAACUAA